AUGAAAGAAGAAGUGAUCAUGCGAAAACUAAUCGCCGAUGGUGAAGGCGUCGGUGAAGAAAAAAGAAUUCAACAAAUAUCCACAUUUCUUCGGGAUGCAAGGAAGAACCCGAAUGGUGAAAACAAGAUUAGUGAGGCUGUUAAGAUUUUGAAAAUUCUUGACGGUCUCGAGAUGUCAAUGUUGAAACAGAAACAAAUCGCUGUAAUGAAUGCAAAUCAAUGUGUUGAUUUCGAAGAACUUGCUCAAUCAGUAGAUUCAGAGAUUGAAGAAACCCACAGGAAAAUUGAAGAAGCCAAACAACAAUUAGCAGAAGCCCGAGUUGUGAAACGAAAUCGUCAAGAAUAUUCGAAAGUUGUCAAAGAGAUCAAUGAAAUCCCAUCGCGCGCUGAAGCAACCAAAAAUUUAUCUGAAAUUCGAGACGAAUUAGAAAGACGGCAUGAACAACAAAAAGUACUCGAAUCAAGAUUAAAUGAUCGACGAAACCAAUUACAAACUUUGAAUAUUGUUCUGGCUAAUAUGAGACGGUUUUGUACAGGUAAUUUAUUGAACAAAGGCACUUUUAUUUACAUUCAUAUAAUUAAAAUGUAAAUAAAUUAAUGCAAUCUCACUAGUCGAUGUUGAAAACUGUGUUUUAUGAAGUUUUGAAUGGAAUUCAAACGGAUUUUCUAAGAAUGUCAAGGGUUCUAGAUUUUUGCUGAAAAAAAUCAAUGAAGUUUUUUUCAAAAUUUGGAGGGACGAAUGUGAAUUCCUAACCUGGCCUAGAAAAGAGCCGCCCUUUUCAGAUCUAAAGUCUUGGAAUUUUGCUGAAUUCAUUAGUUUUUGUUAAAGCUUCUAUAAAGAUCAUUGUUGUAUUCUAGAAGACAUCGAAUCAAAUCCUGCUGAAAACUCUGGAUCAAUUGAAAACGAAGAUGAUGAAGAAGAAGAUGAAAAAAUUGUAGUAGACGAAUGGAGAGAUGAUGAUGUACAAUCAAUGGAAACAAUAUAA